AGGUAAUGUAGUCACAACUGAUAAUCAGACACAUACAUGGCUGUUUGGUUGAAGCUUUAACGCUCACCAUCGUUCCAAAAAUAAUGAAUCUAUCGAUUGUAAUGUGUCUGUGAUGGGAACCUUAUAUCACAGGCAGUAGCAGAGGAGUUGUCAGUCAAACUGAGUGUUUUUCAAGUGACGGACAUUCCAAGUCUAGUGGUAUCUGCUCGCCUCGUGCAUCUUCUCUCAGAUUGGCCAAAGAAUGAUACGCGCCGUUUCUUCCAUGUUGUGUACCGUGUUGGUGAUCUUGAUCGCACAAUCAAGUUUUACUCUGAGUGCUUUGGCAUGAAGGUGUCGAGGAAAAGAGAUGUCCCUAAGGAGAAAUAUUCAAAUGCUUUUAUGGGUUUUGGACCUGAAAAAUCCCACUUCGCUGUGGAGCUCACAUACAAUUAUAAUGUUAGCUCAUAUGACAUUGGAGAUGGAUUAGGGCAUUUCACCAUUUCAACUCAAGAUGUUUACAAAAUGGUUGAGACCGUCCGUGCCAAGGGUGGAAAUGUCACCAGAGAACCUGGUCCGGUCAAAGGUUGUAGCAGCAUCAUUGCCUUUGUGAAAGACCCUGAUGGUUACACUUUUGAGCUCAUUCAAAGAGGUCCAACUCCUGAACCAUUCUGUCAAGUCACGCUUCGUGUUGGUGACCUUGAACGUGCCAUCAAAUUCUAUGAAAAGGCCCUUGGGAUGCGACUCUUGAGAAGGAUUGAGAGACCUGACCACAAGUACACCAUAGGCAUGAUGGGAUAUAAUGAGUCGGUAGUUUUGGGCCUUGCCUAUAACUAUGGCGUGACUGAGUACAAAAAGGGCAAUGCAUAUGCACAGAUUGCAAUAGGCACGGAUGAUGUGUACAAAAGCGGUGAAGUUGUGAGGAUGGUCAAUAAAGAGCUAGGAGGAAAUAUCACAAGAGAACCAGGACCUCUUCCUGGAAUAGGCACUAAGAUUGUCUCAUUCCUCGAUCCAGAUGGCUGGAAAACGGUUCUGGUAGACAACAAAGACUUCAUGAAGGAACUAGGGGUGAGAUCACAGGGCUAAAACUAAACCAUAAAAAUAUGUGAUUUUUUAAUGAAAUAAAGGAAGACAAGUGGUUCAGUGUGUGUAAUGUGCUUGUUCCCCUUAUGUCUUUGAAUCCAUAAAGAAAAACUUUGAAAGAAAGAAUAUGCAUUAUUCGUACUAUCAAAUGACUCAUAUUCAUAGAAGCAAUGCUAAACAUAACGAAAAGUCUACAACAAAAGUUUCAACAAGAAAGUUGUAUCAAAAUAGUACAAAGAUCA